UCGUUGCUCACAGAUCAGCUGUGGAUCUUCGCAUCUCCUCACUCCCCUCUUCUUCAAGGUACUUCUCUCUCUCUCUCUCUCUCUCUCUUAGUCUCUUUUGAGCAAUGCUCAACACUGGCAUGACUUCAGCAAUAUCACUAAGAGCCAGAGGAUCCCUCUCAUUCACCACCACUGACCACUCACAAUGCUCAAAUGGACGAAUCCCUUUUUCCUAUUCAUCGCCCACGCCUUGUUGCUCUUGCUGCUGUACUUCACCAUAUACAGUCCCAAUUUACCCCAAUUAUGGCUAUAACUUAUACGGACUGAAGCAAUCCUCUCUAAUCCAAUGGUCUCGUUACAGGCGACCGAUUUCGAAUGGAUUUGAUUAUUAUGCUAGGUUUCCAGUUUGUGAUAUUGAUAGAAUAGGUUAUCGUGAUAAAGUUUGCAGCUUUACGGAGGGAAGAAAUGUGGGUAGGAAAAGAGGGGGAUUAAGAAACUGUUUCGUGUUUGAGGAAAGGAGUGAGGGGUAUGAUCUUGGGGGUGUCGACGAGGCCGAGGCUAUACUUACCCUGUUGUCUGAGGAUUUUGGGGAGGAGUGUUUUCUUGAGAGGAAGGAGACUCAGCGAUUAGUAAGGAAUCCGGUGGUGGAGAAGAGAGAGUAUGGUAGCGUGUGUAGGGAGUGUGGGAGUAAGAAGGACAGAGUCGAGCAGGGUGUUUCUGGGAGUGGGAGUGGGGCAAUGGUUAGUUCGAGGAAGGAUGAUAGUAGGAGGAGGAAGGAAAGGUUUCAAUGUGAAGAAAAUGAAGAAGAAUUGUUUAGGGAAGAACAUGAGGGAUGUUUGUUGAAGAAUCGAAGGGAAGAAGAGAGAGAGGCCUUGUUGAGAAAAGCUAACCAAAAAUCUGUAGAUAAAGAUAGGGAAUCGAUGAGAAGGAAGAAUUUGAAACUUGGGUCAAGGACAGAAGAUAAGGAAGAGUUCUUGAGGAGAGAGAUUAGGCAGGUGGUGGCAAAAGAUAGUUCAAGGAGAGACGAUAAAGAAGAGUUAUUGAGGAAAGAGGAGCAUAUGCAGGAGGUGAGGAAAGGUAUUUCAAGGAGAGAUGAGAAGGAAGAGUUAUUGAGGAGGGAGGGGCAUAUGCAGAUGGUGAGGAAAGGUAGUUCAAGGAGAAAUGAGAAGGAAGAGUUGUUGAGGAGAGAGGAACAUAGGCAGAAGUUGAGGAAAGAUGGAUCGAGUUGUUCCUCAUAUUAUUCGCUCUCUUCAAAUGGUGAAUAUGACAGCAGUGAUGAAAUUGAGCUUAACUCGUCAACUAGUCAUAAGAGUUAUUCAAGGAAUAAUGAACUAGUUACCCAGGAAACCAGGGAAGAGGAUCAGUGGAACCCUCACGAAGACCACAGAUCUAGUUUGGCAAAUAGGAGCUCAUCACAGGGAUUCAAUACUGGAUCAGGUGUUGUUGAGUGUGACUUCAGAAAGAAAUCAGAGAAAAGACUUGCUGAUAUAUCUGUGGAAGAGAUCGAGUCAAGGACAGAAACCUCACUUAAGGAAUCAAAAUCUACCACUUCUCAUGAACGUACCCAUGAAAAGUUUUCCAACUAUGUCAGCCGUGAUGAUAGGAAGGAAAAAUCAACUGAAAGCAUGGAAUUUGAUGAAGAGAGGAAACAACAGCUUAGGCAAAGAGGUGGUGAAGUUUUGAGGCAAUCUGAAAACAUGCUGAAGUAUAAGCAAUUUGUUGGAAGUCAGGAUAUCUGCAGUGGAAAUGUUGUAGACAGUACUAGCUCUCAAAAAGUGUACACUAGAAAGGGUGAGAUCUCUACUAAAGUUACCGCUUCAAAUCAGGGGCGUAGUUCCAGGGAGUAUGAGCAUCGUAGGAAUUCUCAGCAAAAUUUUGAAACUAAUGUCAGGAGGGAAGACUUAUCUACCACUAGUGUUGAUAAUACAGAGCAUCAGCAACAAUAUGGUCGAGUAAGUGGGCAAGUGGAAUUACGGGGAAAGUUCCAACAAUUAACCGAAAAUGAUGGUGAGUCAAUGUCAAGAAGGGAAACAAAUAAAUUUGAGAAGCUAGAAGAGAAUGUGGGCAGUUCUAGAAAUGAUUUCGAUGAAUUGAACCAAGUAAGAGUCACUAGCUCGGCAAAUACUGGUGCCGUUUCGGUGGAGAGUAGAAAUAAGAAUAAAUCAGAGACACCAGUAAGACCUGCACAAUAUUCAUCAGAGGUAGGUAUAUUAUCUCUGGGAUCAACGGCUGGGAUUGCUACUGAUGAUACUAAUAGUGGAAGUUUACAACUUGAAUCAACUACUUUACAUGGAACUAACAUACAUGGAUCUGUAGUGGUUCAUCCUGAAGCAUAUGGUAGAGACAAAACCAACAGUUCUCAUGGCCAGGCUUCAAAAUUAAUCUCUGAUGAAGGUGCAAUUGCAUCUGCUGCCCGAUUAGAGAAAUCCUCAACACACUACGUUGGAGAGUUUGUUGAACAGGUAAGGAGCGAAAUUUUGAGUUCUGAAAUUCAAAGGGGGAAGAAAACAUAUAUAACUGAAUUUUUGCAUGGAGAAAGUUCUGGAGAUCCUCAGUCGGUUGAGCAAGGCUUAGUGCUUGAUAAUCAGCCAUCUGGAACAAAGGGGCCUUCGGAUGAAAUGUGGAAUGUUGAUGAACAAUCAAAUCCGAGGCCCUCAAAGGCAGAAGUUCCAGAUAAUGCAAUCAAAGAGAGUGGUGUUAUUGUCAAGAGAACUGGGAGGUCCUUAUGGAAUAGCAUUGGAGAUAUUGUUCGAUUUCGGUGGUUGGCACAUUCUGAAAGUCAUGACUCAGGCAGGAAAACUGGUGGAAGAAUUUCACCAAAUCAGUCUAUGAGCAGCGAGAGGUGGUUUUCUGGACAUGAUGCUGAGGAAAAUGAAGAGGCGGUUGAAGAAAAGGAGGGUGGAAGUUCCACACCUGGUUUAUCUGGUAGGCAUCAACAUGAAAAAACAGGCUCUCAAAUUGACUCAUCUGGCUUGCAUCAGCAAGGAAAACUGGGCUCCCAAACUGAGCAAAGUUUCAGCUCAUCAACUUUAGAGGGCUAUCUUGUGAAAGCAGGAACGAAAGACACAUCUUCCUCAGUUACUCAACAAAAGAGUACACUACAAGCCAGCAUUUCUUUGCCUACUGGUGGGGAAAUUUCUGGAGAAACAUCCUCUGCUGCUAUAAUUGAUCCCUCAAUUCCUUUGUCUGCACUAAGGCUGCGGAGAUCUCCUGUGGUACGAGGGGUUCCAGAUGCAGGAGAAGCACAUGCAUCUGGUAGUGGCACCAGUGAGCAAAUAGAUACCGGACUAGUGGAGCAAACAGAGGCGGUAGUUGAUAAGAGUGAGGUGAAACAAAAGAAACUUCAGAGGAAAGACCAAGUUGUUAGAGAUAGAUUUGAUGACUGGGAAGAAGCAUAUAGGCUUGAAGCAGAACAGCGGAAAAUGGAUGAAGUGUUUAUGAGGGAAGCAUUGUUGGAAGCAGAAAAGGCUGCUGACAACUGGGAGGUGCCCGUAGGAGCUGUUCUAGUGCAUAGUGGAAAGAUAAUCGCUCGUGGCUGCAAUCUGGUGGAACAGUUGCGUGACUCUACAGCCCAUGCAGAGAUUAUAUGCAUUAGGGAGGCUUCCAACACUCUCCGGACCUGGAGGCUUUCUGAAACUACACUGUAUGUAACACUUGAACCAUGUCCCAUGUGUGCUGGAGCUAUACUUCAAGCUAGAAUAGACACUCUAGUUUGGGGAGCUCCUAACAAGCUUCUUGGAGCUGAUGGCAGCUGGAUUAGGCUCUUCCCGGGUGAUGGAGGAAACAGCUCGGAACCAAGUGAGAAACCACCAGCUCCAGCUCACCCGUUCCACCCUAAGAUGAGCAUUAGGAGGGGAGUGCUGGCAUCAGAAUGCGCAGACGCCAUGCAGCAGUUCUUCAAGCGAAGGAGAAAGCAGGAGAAAAAAGCCGAUGCUCCAAAACCACCAUCACGCCUUCCCAUUUUGAGCCGUCACUCCAAUUUCAUGGCCAAGAUGCACGACACCUUCAGCUUAAUGUUUUGUCUCUGAAAGAAACAGAAGGCCUUCUCCCCUUCUCCAAAAUGGCGCUCAUAAUCGAAAAGCUCAAUAUUCAGAGGUGUGGAUUUCUCCUUCACAAGCUUCUGCAUAUGUUGCAAUUUAGCUGUAGUUUGGUAGCUAUUGGUACUUGUUCUUGUUCUUGAAAAUAGUAAGUAUAUCAUCAUUAUAUAUCUCUCUCUCUCUCUCUCAUAUCCAACAUAAUGAGUUUGAGUUGAGAUAUCAUUUUCUUGUCAACUCCAACUCCAGCCAUGUAGCUCAUUAAGAUUCAUGCUUUUUCCGUGGGAAAACAUGCAAAUUAUGGAUGGUUGUUUCCGGAAAAA